CUUUGCAGAGUAAAGGCUCUUAGGGCAGUAAGGAGAGAGCAUUUGGCAAUCUGAAAGGCCGCUACCAGAGCUUCCACUUCCUUCAUUACUGCACAUUUAAUCAGAUUUCCACAUCAUGGCGUUUAAGGUAUUUUUCCCUCUUUGCUGCGCUUCAGCCGAAAGUGGCCUUCUGAUUGGACGGUGGAUUCCAGAACAGAACUCCAUUGUUAUCCUGGCUGUGAUCCAUUUCCCUUUGAUCCCAGGUCAGGUGAAGCAGUAUCUCUCCAAAAUGCAACACGCCACCCGAGUCCAACUGUCCGUAUUGGGUUCUUGGACCAACAGCCAAGAAAAGCAGAGUUUGCAAAGGUUCCUGGAAGAUCUGGGCACCAUUUUUUCCCAGGGCCCCUGGAUCCAACUCGGCAGGCAAAAAGACAGAAAGUUUUGGAACUGUUUGGCUACCUGGAAGGAAUCCAGCAGCAGCAACAGCAGCGUCGUCGAAGAAAUCAUCGUGAUCUAUUACGACCAGCGUAAAGUGAUGCUGUCGCAGCUUCACCCUCCUAACAAUUACGGGGUUGCUUCCGAUCAGAAGGCGGCCGAUGCUUCCAAGCUAGCUGCCGUGUUUGACACUGUGGCAAAAAGCAAAUUGCUGUUCAUGAAGGACCGGUAUGACGAGGGACCCAUCAGGCUCACCCACUGGCAGUCUGAAGGGGUGGAGGCCAGCAUUAUCGUAGAACUGUUGAAACAGGUGUCAGUCCCUGCAUGUGUGCUGAUAACACUCCUCCUUUCCUUCGUGGCUGGCAUCUGUAAAAGCAGGGCUCUGACAUUUUGGCCCCUGUCCUUCGUCUGGAGCAAACUUUCCACCUAUGAGCAGUUGAGGCAUCGGUUCCAACAUCUCCAAGUCAUCAGCAGUGAGAAGGCAGCUUCAGAUCAGGCCCAAGCGAUGAGGAAAGCCAACAUCUUUAUCUCUCUCUUCAUCGAUGUGGCUUUGGGUAUCCUUCUUAUGUCCUGGUUGUAUCAAAUGAACUGGAUCGGUUAUCUUGCCAGUGGCCUCGUCCCAGUGGCUGACCAUAUCGCCCAGCAGCUCCAGAACCUCCUGCAGUGGCUGAUGGGUGUGCCAGCCGGUCUAAAAAUGAACAGAGCUUUGGAUCAAGUGCUGGGCCGCUUUUUCCUUUACCACAUCCACCUCUGGCUUAGCUACAUCCAUCUGAUGUCUCCAUUCAUUGAGAAGAUCUUGUGGUACGUUGGCUUGUCCGCUUGCCUUGGCUUGACGGUGGCCCUUUCCAUCCUCUCCGACAUCAUUGCCCUCCUGACGUUCCACAUCUACUGUUUUUAUGUCUAUGGAGCCAGGCUGUAUUGCUUCAAGAUUUACGGCUUGUCCUCUCUGUGGCGCUUGUUCCGAGGGAAGAAAUGGAACGUCUUGAGGCAACGCGUCGAUUCCUGCUCCUAUGACUUAGACCAGCUAUUCAUUGGUACUUUGCUGUUUACCAUCUUGCUGUUUCUGCUGCCCACAACUGCAUUGUAUUACUUGGUGUUUACUUUGCUUCGUCUCCUGGUAGUCCUUGUGCAAGGCCUAAUCCAUCUGCUGGUGGACCUCAUCAACUCUCUACCCCUUUAUGCCAUCGUCCUUCGACUCUGCCGAGGCUACAGACUCGCCUCUGGUGUCAAAUUCAGAGUUCUGGAGCAGGAAACUGGCAUCCCUCUUCGACUUCUGAUGCAGAUCAACCCUCUCCCUUACGGCCGCGUGGUCCAGAUCUAUAGGCUUCCAACCUACAGCUGCUACCCCAAGGACUCCUGGGCUUCUCUGUGCAGGAAGUUGUUUGUCGGAGAGCUCAUUUACCCUUGGAAGCACAAGGAGGAGAAGCAAGACUGAUGUGGGGGACAACCCAGGAGGAACUCCCAAAGACAUCUUGGAGAACCUAUCAGGGUUGGGAGCAGGUCUUUUGCCAGGACCGUACCUUGUUCCGACUUCCACCGUCAAGAACUUGAGAGCAAGAAGUUCCUACGGAGUCAAUGAAUUCCUCACUCGGCUGCCUCCACCAGCUGUCCUUUCCUGAUCGUCUGAUGUAACCUGCCGUUGGGAUUGCUCCUCUGGAAACAUUGGGGUACGGAACUCGCCGGCUGUGCCUUUCGAGGUUUGGGGGGGCCUGCGGAAAUUCCACGAAGCAGGCACCCACCCACCCACUUGCCUAACCCCGUGUGAUAUCCAGCGCGCAGUUUCCGUUUCUCCACCUGCCCUGCCGCUGACAUGUCGUUUUCUGCAGCUCCUUCUGUAAAGUUGUAGCUGCACGUCUAGAGCCGUGUUUCUCAAUGUCGGCGAGUUAAAAGACAGGUGAACUGCAACGCCCAGAAUUCCCCAGCCAGCCGGGUUGAGAAAAAAAAUACAUUGGCAUUUUGGGGGGGCCACUCUGUGCAAGGCUUGGACGUCAAUGCUCGGGAGAAAAAAAAACUGGGUGUUUGCCAUCACCGACACAGAAACUGCUUGUGGCAAGGUCCUAGGGCAGGGGUCCCCAACCCCCAGGCCACGGCCCACUACCAAUCUGUGGCCCAUUCGGAGCAGGGCCUCACAAGGGGUGUGCAGUUCCACUUGUGUGAGCAGGAGGCACACGCAUGGAGCUGCACACGCUCACGUGCCCUCAUGCCACUCACACAGAACCAUCCCUUCUCCCUCCGCCAAUUCGCCAAGCCCCCCCCCUCCUAUUCUAGGGGAAGUCACAAAUAGCCAAUUAUUUUGCGUCCUUGCAGCCCCCAAGACUGAAUGGCUGCAGGGUUCAGAAACGGACUCUCAAAUUUUUCGGUGUCUUGCCUAUCUCCUGUAUUCCACUUGAUUGCUUAUUACUUAUAGAGACAUCUGGUAAGUCCGAAAAACAGCAUGCUAGCUGGGGAAUUCUGGGAGUUGAAGUCCAUCCGUCUUAAACUUGCCAAGGUUUGAGAAACACCGUUCCAGAGAGUGCUGGAAUUCUAGGCUCUUCAGUCAGAUACCCAGUGCUUCCCACCCAUCUUUGACUGCAUUCCCCAUUGGAAAGGACUGAAGGGGGAAGCAGCUCCUGUCCAUUAUUGGUAGCAGGAUCCUGGACGAUGGAGACCAAUCUUUUCAGCUGGGCUCUGAACUCUUGAAGAACUUGGGGAAAUCUAGACCCAGCAUCUGACAUGCUUCUCCUAUGUACUGUAGAGGAUUUUUCUAUUGCAAUAACCAGCAGGAGGGGCCAGAAACAAGAUAAGUUGCAUCAGCACUUUUGCCUGUGUGAGGAAGCCCUUCCUUCCUUCCUUCCUUCCUUCCUUCCUUCCUUCCUUCCUUCCUUCCUUCCUUCCUUCCUUCCUUCCUUUCUUCCCUCCCUCCCUCCCUCCCUCCCUCCCUCCCUCAUUCCCAUCUCCUUCCUUCUUUCCUUCCUUCCUUCCCCUUCCUUUCGUCUCUCAUUCUAUUUCUUCCCUCCUUCCUUUUCUCAUUCCCAUCUCCUUCCUUCCCCUUCCUUCCUUCUCUCAUUCCCAUCUUCCUUCCUUCCUUUUCUCGUUCCCAUCUCCUUCCUUCUUUCCUUCCUUCUUCUUCCUUCCUUCUCUCAUUCCCAUGUCUUUCCUUCUUUUCUUCCUUCCUUCCUUCUCUUUCCCCUCUUCCUUCCCUUGUUCCCAUCUCUUUCCUUCCUUCUCCUUCCUUCCUUCUCUCCUUCCCAUGUCCUUCCCUCUUUCCUUCCUUCCUUCCUUCCUUCCUUCCUUCCUUCCUUCCUUCCUUCUCCGUGUUUAUUUACCGUAUUAGUCAAAUGUAUACAGCCAUCCCUCUCUCUGAAGGCAGCCCUGAGCGGCCCACAACGAUAAAUAAAAACAGAGAAAUGCAAAUAUAAAAACCAUAUUAAUAAAUAUUGUCAGAACCCAAAAAUGCAAA